UUCCGCGGAGUAGAUACCAUGAUCAAAGCUCACCCUCCCGAGUUGAAAAAAUUUAUGGACAAGAAGUUAUCAAUGAAAUUGAACGGUGGCAGACAUGUCAAAGGAAUAUUGCAGGCAUUUGAUCACUUUAUGAACCUUGUGAUAGAUGAACGUGUGGAGAUGGCAACUAGUGGGCAACAGAACAAUACUGGAGUGGUGAUUACACGAGGAAACGGUAUUAUCACGUUAGAAGCCUUGGAAUGA